AUGAGAGGAUCAAGUUAUACUUUAAAUUACAGUAUUGAUUGGCUUGGAUCAUUUCCUAUAUCAAAAGCAAGUCUUGAAAAUGUUGCAAAAAAAUUAGAUUCAUUUAUGUUAACACAAAAUAGUGGAUCAUUACCUGUACAAUUGACAAUAUCUUUACUUGGUGUUAAAGUUACAAAAGCUUCCGAUUAUAAAGUAAUAGCACUUCAACAUUCAUUAAGAAGAAUAUGUUGUGUUGUAGGGAGACCAGAAGUUCUUCAGGUUGCUUAUAUAACCAGAGAAACACAUGAUAAAAGACAUAGAAGAGUAUGUCAUGUUUUUCAAACAUCAACAGUUGAACAAGCAUUAGAAAUUGAAUCUAUAUUAAGUAAAGCAUUUCAGGCUAUUGCUUUAUUUAAUAGUCAAAUUCCAUUAUAUAAUAAACAAAAUGAUGAGAUAUGUAGUGGAGUUAUUCCAACACCUCGAUGUAAUAUAAAUAUUAAUCCAGCACUUGAAGAAACUAUAUUAAGUGCCAAUGGUGAUAUUAGUGCUGCUACAUUAUUUAAACAACCUUAUAACUAUUCACAAUCAAGAUCAUCUAGAUAUAUAGGUGGACAGGGGCAAUCACAUUUUGAUCAAUCAAAAGAUAAUAAAUUUACCCCAAUUAAAGAAAAUAAUAAAAAUUUUGACACACCAAUGAAACCUCAAAGACAGUUAUCUACCGUUAAAUUAUUUACAAAAAUUUUUGGUAGUACCUCAACAACAAAUAAUAUUCAAAAUAAUAUUGAAAGAAAUGAUAAGAUAGAUGAAGUUGAUACACCAUUACGACCACCUAUUUUUAAAAGAAGAUCUAAUAAAAGGUUAUUCUCUUCAAUUGCUAGAAGUAUAAGUGGAACAAAGAAAAGUAAAACAUCUAAUGUUAGUAUGGUUAUGGCAAAUUUUUAUGGAAAAAAUAGUGAUGAAAAAGAUGAGAUAAUUGAGAAUAAGGAUGAAUCAUUUGAUCCAUAUACAUUAAAACCAGAAGUUUUAGGUGAAUUAAUAUAUAAUGAAAAAAUUAAUGAAAUGGUUUAUCCAUUAACAGAAUAUCUUGAUAAAAGAUUAAAAGCAACAAGAUAUUUUGUUAUUAAUAGAGGUAAAAAAAGUAUUGAAAAAGCUUUACAAUCAAGAGAAAUUGGGGCAUUUUUAAUUACAUAUUCAAGUAGUGUAAAACAUUGUUUAACAAUAUCAAUUCAUACUGGUAUACUUAAUGAUGGUAUAUCAAGUGUUGUACGGCAUUAUGUUAUAAUACGUAAUGAAAAAGGAUUUAGAAUAAGGGGUUCAUCAAAAUAUCAUGAUACAAUACCAACAUUAGUAACAUAUCAUUCUGUUGAUAAAGAAAUUCUUCCUGUACCACUAAUAUUUAUGGAUUGGCCUGAUGAUUUAUUAAAAAAAGGAUCACCAAAAAAGACAAAAUCAAUUACAUCAACACCAUUAUCAUGUUUAAGAGAAUCAGAAAAUUAUGAUACUUAUAAAAGUUUCAAAGUAACAAAAAGUUGUCUUAAACCAGUAGCAAUAUAA